UGUUGACAAACAGUAAAAGGGACUCGACUCUUCAUUCAUAAAAUGUCACACUUAUUAAACAAGAAAUUCUAAAAUUUGACUGUUAAACAACAAGAGAGCAUUUAAGCAACGAAGAUCAAACACAACAAAUGACUGUUACCAGCGCACAUGUCGCCAUGGAUGUUCAAGUAACGGGUCAUCACCAAAUGACAGAUGCUCCCCCUGCUGAUUAUGAUGAGAACGGACAAAUUAACCAUCAAGGCGCUGGUGGAGCAAAUGGUACCACAUUAAUUAUGGCAAAUACAAAAUUCCAUUUAGAGUCGUAUCCCGAUGCCACUGAUGAUGAUAGUACACAACAACGGUUCAUCCUCGGCGAUGAAGCCGCCCAGUAUCUGCAGAGUGAGCAACAGGAACAACAUCAGCAUCAUCAGGUGACAUGGUUGGAUGAUGAAGACAUUGACAAUUUAGACCUCGCCACUUUGGACAUAGGAAACAUGUUCAACCGUGUAGACAGUGCUGAAAUUAUCUAUCAACAGAAAAAGAAAAACAUCAAAAUGGUGGGCAAAUAUGUAAUGGGCGAUAUUUUGGGAGAGGGGUCUUAUGGCAAAGUAAAAGAGGUGCUAGACUCCGAAAACCUGUGUCGAAGGGCAGUGAAAAUCUUAACCAAACGUAAACUCAGACGCAUCCCAAAUGGUGAGCAAAAUGUACAGAGAGAAAUUCAACUGCUCAAACAGUUGAAACAUAAAAACGUGGUGGCCUUGUUGGACGUUUUAUACAAUGAUGAAAAGCAAAAGAUGUAUUUAAUAAUGGAGUACUGCGUAGGAGGAUUGCAAGAAAUGCUAGACAAUGCACCGGAGAAGAAAAUUCCUUUAUUUCAAGCCCAUCGCUACUUUCAACAACUCAUAAACGGCUUGGAAUAUUUGCAUGGCAUGCGUGUCAUACACAAGGACAUCAAACCAGGAAACUUAUUGCUUACCUUGGAGCAGACCCUGAAAAUAUCGGAUUUUGGUGUGGCCGAGCAAUUGGAGUUAUUUGCCACUGACGAUACUUGCACAACUGGCCAGGGCUCACCAGCAUUUCAACCUCCAGAAAUAGCAAAUGGUCUGGAGUCGUUUUCUGGUUCCAAAGUAGACAUUUGGAGCAGUGGUGUCACACUUUACAACUUGUGUACCGGCCUGUAUCCAUUUGAGGGAGAUAACAUUUAUCGUCUCUUAGAAAGCAUUGGCCGUGGACAGUGGGAAGUUCCCGAUUGGUUGUACAAGUUGGACCAUAACCUCGCAGUGUUAAUAUUAGGCAUGCUUCAAGAAAAUCCUCAAAAACGCUAUAGCAUACAACAAAUAAGAAAAGAUCCUUGGUUUAUUUCGGCACCCGAAGAAAAAGGACCACCGAUACCCAUUCCACCAUUGAAAAGUGAUAAAUAUCGUCGUUCCACAGUACUGCCUUAUCUAGAUGCUUACCACUAUGAAACUGAACGUGAUUUGGAGGAAGUUUAUUUCACAGAACAUGAUUUAAAUCAAGAAUUGGCACGCAAAGCGGCCGCAGCAGCCGCUGAGAUAAAGGCCCAGCAACAACACAAUUCAUUUGCAACAAUGGCCGCUUCCACCAGUGGCUUCCAUAAUGCACAGUCAUGUUCCAAUUCAGCUUCUCACCACACAAAAGAGAAGAAGUCAUCUUCAUUGAAAAGACGAGCCAAAAAGUUGACAUCCUGUAUAUCGGUGCGAAAAUUAUCCAAUUGUCGACCUUCUUAGAAGAGAAACAACGAUCAACAACACAAAACACCACAACCAACACACAAAGGAUUUAUACCUUGAAAAAUAUCCAUAUUGUUUACACAUUUUUCCCCCCCAAAAAAAACCAACAAAAAAAAGAAAAAACAAAAUUCAAAAAGGAAUCUUAUGCGACAUACAUAAGUAUAUGAUGAUGCAAAUGCCAGUUUAUUAUGCUGAAUUCAUGCCCAUGUAAUUCUUCAAUGAGAAAAUUCUUAUUUUUUUGUUUUAUUUACCCUUUUUUUUGGAGCGAAUGAGUUUCACAUACCCACACACAUAUAUACAUAUAUAUAAAAUAUAUUUUUUCUUUGUUGUUAUAGUA